CUUUUCAGACCUCAAAGGAAAAAUAUUGGGCAAAGGAAGGGAGAGAGGGAGAAGGGAAAGUGAGGAGGGGAGAAAGAGAGAGAGAGAAAGAAAAGAUGGCUAGUGAAUUCAAGAAGAAAAUAUUCUGGAGGGCAGUGGUGGCUGAGUUCCUUGCCAUGAGCCUUUUUAUUUUUAUCAGUAUUGGCUCAGCUCUGGGUUUUAGCUUCCCAGUGGUGGGCAACAAAACAUCCACAAGGUCUCAGGACAACGUGAAGGUUUCUCUGGCUUUUGGGUUAUCCAUCGCUACCAUGGCACAAAGUGUGGGUCACAUCAGUGGGGCACACCUGAACCCAGCUGUGACCCUGGGCCUCCUGCUGAGCUGCCAGAUCAGCAUCUUCAAGGCACUCAUGUACAUCAUUGCCCAGUGCCUGGGGGCAGUGGUGGCCACAGCAAUUUUGUCAGGAGUCACCUCCUCUCUCCCAAACAAUCUCCUGGGACUCAACGCGCUCUCAGAGGGAAUCAAUGCAGGUCAAGGACUGGGUAUUGAAAUCAUUGCCACCUUCCAGCUGGUGCUGUGUGUCCUUGCCACCACAGACAGGAGGAGGAAUGAUGUCUCAGGAUCAGCACCUUUGGCCAUUGGUCUCUCUGUUGCAUUGGGACAUCUUCUUGCUAUUGACUACACUGGAUGUGGAAUUAACCCAGCCAGAUCUUUUGGCUCUGCACUGAUUGCCAACAACUUUGAAAAUCACUGGAUCUUCUGGGUUGGCCCAAUCAUUGGAGGAGCAAGUGCUGCCCUGAUUUACGACUUCAUCCUGGCUCCCAGGAGCAGUGACCUGACUGACCGCGUGAAGGUGUGGACCAGCGGCCAAGUAGAGGAGUAUGAUCUGGAAGGAGAUGAUAUGAACUCCCGGGUUGAAAUGAAGCCAAAAUAAAGAAAGAGAAGGGAAAAACAAAACAAAACACAACACAUUGGUUUCCGAAGAUUUUAUCAGUGUUAUAGACUCUUUGUAAACCAGCAAACAGUACUUAGGUUUUAUAUUUUGGUUUUUUUUUUUUUAAAUUCAAUAUGGUUUUCCAUUUUUUGCCCUGAAUAUUAAUAGCCUUUUUAUACCCUUUUAAUUUUGUCAACUACAAAGUUCUCAGGCCAAUAAGUCAUUAAACCUCUUUUGCAUAAGCUAAAUGAAUUGGGCUGAAAUUUAACCCCUCCUUUGCCACCUCUGAAUUUGCAGAUGUAAUGAAAGUGGGUGGUUCUCUCAGAACAACACUCAGUAAUGAUAAAUAGUUCAAAUAUUUGAUGAAAGAACAGAUACUGAGGAUAAAGACCCACCUACACCUAUAGAGGGAGGCUUAUACUGGAAAAAGUAUUUAUACCAGUAUUCCAAGUUGAUAUCUAAUGCCAGCAGUGCAUGUGAAAAAAUAUCUGAAAUCAUUGCUCUAAAACAUUUCUUUUGGAAGCAAAGACCACUAAAAAUUACUUGUUCUGUAGAAUUCAGCAUAAUUUUCCAAAUUACUUAUAAUCUCUGACAAAUACAGACAGAAAAGUUAAGCAAGACUAUCUCCAGAAUAAGAGAAACCAUUUAGGUUUUCCAGUGUUUUAUUCUCCCUGAGCUUGCUUCCAGCUCAUUGUGAGGGGAGGGAAUAUAUGAAAAAAAUGUAUAAAUUCCUGGGAAGUAUUAACUAGAAGUCAGAUUGAAGAGAAGUAAUAACAAUGGCAACAAGAACAACAUGGUGUCAAUAUAUAGACAGGAUCUGAUUGUUCCUGUGACUACUCUGCUUUUGUUCAUCUUAUGUAUUUUAACUGUAUGUUUUAAAACAAACCAUGAAAAUAAAAAAAAGGUCCCUUUCUUCCUGACCCCAUUCUCAUAGCCAGUUGUGUGACAUUCAGGGACAAGGAAUAGAUGUACACACAGUCUAUUUUCUAAUGAGGGACAAAUACAGACCUGUGUGUAAGUCCAUUUUGGGGGGUCAUUGCUUUUAUAUAUAUAUAUAUAUAUAAAUGUUUAUAUAUAUGUUUUAUACAGAAAGCCUAGUAUACUGUUUUGUAAGAAAAUACCAUCAUAAGACAAGUGGAAAGAACUGCAACAGUGCUUAGCAAAAUAAAUUACACUGGAAAUGUAAAGAAAAAUUAACACUAAACAAUGUGGAAGACUAUUUUCUGUUUUCAUUUUUGUGUGUGUGCUACUUAUGAUUUCCUGAGUAACCCAAAGCAUUAGCUGGUCUUACCUACUAACUAUAGGAUAUAGUAAAAGCAGAUACAUGCUGAUAUACUUGUUCUGGACUAAACAGUUUUAUGUAAGAAAUGAGGCCCAGAGGAACCUACAGAAAAAAGCUGCACACUUUAUCAUUCAGACAAACACCCCAGAGCUAAAGGGAUGGAUUUCUUCUCUUAGAGAGACAGUGUGGCCAUGGGAACUGAGAGAGUUGGGAAUCCAUAGAGGUUGGAUCAUUUCAUCAAGUUGAGCAGGUGUACAACAAAAAAAAUAAAAAAUAAAAAGGAAAAUCACCAGCAAAACAAAACAGAAUAUGUUUUAUCUUUCUUGUCUACAUCUGGCAUGCUAUCCCAUGUAUUGAUGAUGUACAUACAGCAGGAUUGGAUUUUGGGGUGGUUUAAAAAUAAACAAAACCUGUUGUUCUAACACA